AUGACGACGAAGCGCCGCAAUCAUGGUCGUGCCAAGCCUCCCUGCAGCCGUGGUCGUGUCCGGCCUGUGCACUGCUUUAACUGCAGCCGUCUCGUUCCCAAGGACAAAUCUGUUGGCCGCUUUGUGGUCCGCCGUAUGCUCGAUCAGGCUUCCGCCCGUGACGUGGCUGAGGCAUCCCUCAUCUACGGUUCUGGUUUCCCUAUGCCAAAGCUCUACAUGAAGCAGCGCUACUGCAUUGCCUGCGCUAUUCACAGUCGAACUGUACGCGCCCGCCCUGUGGAGGAUCGCAAACGUCGCUACACGUCCAAGGUGCCCUUCCGUCCAACUGGCAAGUAA